AGUGGAUAACUUCGGCCUGGGCCUGCUGCUGAAUACUAAGCAGAUCAAGCGGAUGAUCUCUUCAUACGUCGGGGAGAAUGCUGAGUUUGAACGACAGUAUCUGACAGGGGAGUUAGAAGUGGAACUAACUCCACAGGGAACUCUUGCAGAGAGGAUCAGGGCUGGGGGGGCCGGGGUUCCUGCCUUUUUCACAGCCACUGGAUAUGGCACACUGAUCCAGGAGGGAGGCUCUCCCAUUAAGUACAACAAAGAUGGCAGCAUUGCCAUCUCCAGUGAGAAGAGAGAGGUGCGGGAGUUCAAUGGCAGGAACUAUAUCAUGGAGCAGGCCAUCACUGGAGACUUUGCACUGAUCAAGGCAUGGAAAGCUGACAAGGCUGGAAACAUUAUAUUCAGGUAACUGAUGAACUGGACAGGAAUAUAG